AUGCUCUGCAGAGCGUGCCGUCGCGCAAUUGCGCUUCCCAAACCCGCCCCAAGCACACUCGUCGCCAAAGCUUCCCUCUCGAGUCUCCCGAUCGCAACAAGAAGCUACACCUCCCAGUCGCUCCCCGCCAGUCGCGCAGCUCAGACAUCCAUCUUCGCGUUCCGAUCAUCAUCUUAUCUCAACACCAAGACGAUCCCCAGGCGCUGUUACUCCUCGGCAACCGAGACCCAGACUCCCCUCGAAAAGCCCGACCACCUCGACGAUGCCGAGUCGACGAUAUGGGAUAAGCUGGCUACCGAGUUCGCGCCGUCAGAGCUCGUUGUACAAGACGUAUCGGGCGGAUGUGGUUCCAUGUACGCCAUCGACAUCACCUCCGCCAAGUUCAAGGGCGCCAACAUGCUGAAGCAGCAGCGUAUGGUCAAUGCCGUCUUGGGCGACAUGUUGAAGCAAUGGCACGGUGUCCAGCUGCGCACCAAGGCGCCCCAAUAG